UUUGCUGGAGAGCGGGACAGGCACCCAGAAGGGGAAAUACAGGGCGAGGGACCACCAGGCAGGAGGAGGGCUCCAAGGCACUGCACCAAGGCAGCCGAGCAGGCGGUCGGGGGAGCUGACCAAGUCCAGCGCCAUGGGUUUGCUCGAGUGCUGUGCCAGAUGUCUCAUCGGAGCACCCUUUGCUUCGCUGGUUGCCACUGGCUUGUGCUUCUUCGGGGUAGCGCUGUUUUGUGGCUGUGGGCAUGAAGCCCUCACAGGCACUGAGCAGCUCAUCGAGACCUACUUCUCCAAAAACUACCAGGACUACGAGUAUCUCAUUGAAGUCAUCCACGCUUUUCAGUACGUCAUCUAUGGCACUGCCUCCUUCUUCUUCCUCUACGGAGCCCUGCUGCUGGCCGAAGGCUUCUACACCACCGGCGCCGUCCGGCAAAUCCUCGGGGACUACAGGACCACCAUCUGCGGCAAGGGCCUCAGCGCAACGGUAACUGGGGGCCCGAAAGGGAGGGGAGCGCGAGGCCCCCAGCGAGCUCACUCGUUGCAGCGGGUGUGUCAGUGUUUGGGAAAGUGGCUAGGACAUCCUGACAAGUUUGUGGGCAUUACCUACGUCCUGACCAUCAUCUGGCUCCUGGUCUUCGCCUGCUCCGCGGUGCCUGUCUACAUCUACUUUAACACUUGGACUACCUGCCAGUCCAUUGCCAACCCCAGCAAGACCUCAGCCAGCAUUGGCACCCUGUGUGCGGAUGCCAGGAUGUACGGUGUCCUGCCCUGGAACGCUUUCCCUGGCAAGGUGUGUGGCUCCAACCUGCUCUCCAUCUGCAAGACCAGCGAGUUCCAGAUGACUUUCCACCUCUUCAUCGCAGCCUUUGUGGGGGCAGCUGCCACGCUGGUCUCACUGCUCACCUUCAUGAUUGCCGCCACCUACAACUUCGCCGUCCUCAAGCUGAUGGGCCGAGGCACCAAGUUCUAGCCCGUGUGGUGGAGCCCAGCCAGACAAACGCCCUUCUUUUCUCUAACCCUGAGGCUUUAACACUGCAGCCACCCGACACCAGGUCUCCUUCGUUAACUUUGCCUCCGCCGCUGACUCCCCUCCUCUUCCUCUCUCGCAUCCAUCCCGCUGAGCGUGACCAGGAAGGAGAGCUUCCCACCAAUGGACGUCUCUUCAUGCACUUUUCUCUCUCUGCUCAUCCGUAACCGGUUCGCUCUAGGGGCCCAUCAAAACCAGCCAGAGAAGAGGAGGGACUUACUCCAGUGUCCCGAUGUUGCCUAGGGAUGAGCAAAGGCCUUCAUGCUCUUGGGAGGAGGAAAUCUGUGUAGGUUGCUCCGUGAGUAGCAAGAGGCUACCUAGAGAGAAAAGGAAGUUGGCCCAGUCCUGGUACCAUUGCUAGAGACUCUCCUGGAGCUGUCUGCUGUCACCACCCGUGGAUGGAGAGUAAGAGAAGGAUUUUUAUUUUUCCCUUAGCAAAGAAAGAUGAACUUACCCCAAAUUACCUGCUGCAGCCAAGGCAAAGGGAGUUCAGGGCAAGGAUCUUCCCACUGCGGAGAAGAGAGUGCUGACCCCAAUGCUAAUAAAGCCCUAACCCAGCUGCUCCUAUUAAAGCCUAAAGGAGUUUGGUGUCUCUGUAGACAAGGGGGACUCUUGGCUUUACCCUCCAGGCAGCGGAGAGGCGGCAGAUAGGUUUGACCGAGGGGACAUCUCUGUGCCAUGCCCUGGGAGCGUAAAACCAGAGCCGUCCCUCCGCAGGCAGGGGAGAACCCUCUGGACUGCGCCUUGCCACACGCUCCCAUCCCUUCACAAUGGUGCUCUUUGGGGUGAUGUCUGCUUUCUAACCUCCGCUGCGUCGGAGAGCUUGAUUUGUUCCUCACCCAUGUCAAACCUAACUUUUCCCUUGUUCUGUCCCCUUCUUCUCCUGUGUUUCCUGCAAGUCAGGACGACUGUCUUGUGUCUGCCAGGGCGGGAGGGACUGGCAGCAUCUCGCUGAAACCCAUGGAGGAGUUGAGGAGGGAAGGAAAGGAGGCUGUUUGGGGGUCAUGGGGUGGAAACACGUCUCUGCAACCUACAUCCCUUUGGUGCCAGUUCAGUGCUUUCCCAUGGAGCAGGGCAGCAGGGCGAGGGGUUUGGUGGAGACAACCUCUCCCCCACGGCAGCUGGAGGAAAGCCCUCUGAGCGGGUAGCAUGGGUCCAGCCAGUCCCACCAAAGCGCUGUUUGCAGUCCUUCCCCCCACUGGCAUUUUGUUUUGCUCUUCCCCACCUCUCCUUCACGCUAAUCUUUGUGUUAAUUUAUUGGAGAAACUACUUUCAGUGGCAGACUGUAGCUCCAUCUCGCAUGGAUUUGUUUUUUAUUUUGGUCUGUAGUAAUAGUAUAUUUUUGUUAAGAGCUGGUUUCAGCAGGGGCAAGGAUAAAGGAGCAGACCUGCUGAGCAGAGCAUUCUGAAGGAUCCUUGCCGCUGGGAAUGCUGAAAUAGGUUGGCCAGGCUACCAACGCACAGGGGCUGGGGAGGGGGGAGAUGCCGGGAGGGAUGGCAGGGUGGGUUGAAACCCAGAUCUGGAAAUUCACAUCAAUGCCGUCUCUCUUGGGGGUUUGCUGGGGUUUUUUUGGUAUCCAUUUAACAGAAAUAACCAGAUCCUCCUUCCCACCCUUGUCUCCAGACCCCAAACACACACACACAUGCACACAAGUGCACACACACACGCACGCAAAAAGAGUUAAUCGACUGAAAGUGUUUCCUUCAUUUCUGAUCUAGAGUUUCAACUUGUUAACAAGCAAUAAAAAGGAGCAAGUUUUUAGAGACUUAUCUUACAAGGUGUAUUUUAUAAAAAUUAAAGAAAAUAAAUUAAAAUUAAGAUCAUUCUGAACAAGA